AUGAAAUUAGUACCAUUGCCUGGAGGUCGAAGUCAUGUAUGGACUCAGUUUGGCUUUAAAAUAGAUGAUAAUGGCUUAACAUUAAAUAAAAAACAAGUGCAUUGUCGCGUGUGUAAUUCUGUUAUUGCGUACAGUGAUAAUACCACUAAUUUGAAAUCACAUUUGCAAACGUGUACAUCAACAAAAUCCAGUUUAUCAAGUGGUAUUCAAACUUAUUUUAAAGUAUAUACCUCAAAACUAUCUGUAAAGAGUGAUCGUAGUAAAGAGCUUACUAAAGGUUUGAUGACAUUUGUUAUCAAAGAUUUAAAACCAAUUAGUAUAGUAGAUGGUGAAGGAUUUCGUGAGUUCAUGCAUAUAGCUGUACCCGAAUAUAUUGUCCCAUGUAGAAUGACUAUAACAAGACAAAUUGACGAAAUGGCAAAAGUAGAAAGGGAGAAUUUAAAAGAAGUUUUAAAAAAUAUACCUAAUGUAUGUUUAACUGUUGACUUUUGGACAUCUAUGGCAAACAACAAUUACUUGGGUAUAACAUGUCAUUUUUUGGACAAUUGGACAUUACGCAAUAGAAUUUUAGAAACGGUUGAGGUACCGGAAUCGCAUACUUCAGAUAAUAUUACAAAAAAUUUACAAUCUGUUAUGCAAAAUUGGAAAAUCGAACAUAAAGUGUGUGCUAUAGUUAGUGACAAUGCGUCUAAUAUGGUAAAGGCUAUUAGAGACCUAGAUCAGGACAAUUUAAUUAGAUGUACUGCACAUUCUAUUCAAUUAUCUGUGAACACCGUGCUUCAAAAUGAAUCAGUAAAAUUAUUAACGAACAAGUUGAGAGCAAUUGUUGCGCAUUUUAAUCGAAGUUCGUCAGCAUAG